AUGCACGUAAAAGUUGAAUCCGACCGCCAAUCAAAUCCCAAAGAAGAAGAACCUGGCAAUCCUUGGCAUUUUGUGAGUGGCGGUUGAUUCAAUAUGGCUGCGGCAGAAAUGGGAAAGAACGACUCAGGAUUUUUUUGGAUCAAUGACACAUCAGAUGAAGACCAACCUGUGGUGUUCAUUCCAGGAGUGAACAAAGAGGGACACUUUCGGACAGCUUUUAAGUCGGGCUCCUGGUCCAACAGCAGUGAAAGAAAGGUGAAAAUGAGGGCCAAAUAUGGCUGUCAGAUCCGAGGAGAGGCUCCUCUGAGAUGGGGCAAUAAAAAGCGAGGCCAGCCUCUUUCCCUGUCCUCUGUCUCUGAGUCCUCCAUGGGUAGAGGACAGCUCCAGAUCGCACCUGAAGCCACAGUCCCAUCCCCCAGCCCAGCCACUCGGCAGCAUCUCCUCACCACCUCGCAGGCACUCUCUGAGGUGACCCAGGCUAAGAGCAGGGCCUCUCUGAAGGACCUCUGUCCCGAGGAUAAACGGCGCAUCGCCAACCUCAUCCAGGAGCUGGCCAGAGUGAGUGAGGAGAAGGAGGAGUCGGUACAGAGGUUGAAGGAUGAACAGGAGAACUUUGAGUGCAAGAUUCUACAGCUGGAGCAGCAGAACCAGCUCAUUGUACAGGAGAGAGAGAGCCUACAGCAGCAGUACCGGGAGUGCCAGGAGCUGCUGGGGCUCUACCAGCAGUACCUCUCUCAACAGCAGGAGAAACUCAACCAGUCUAUCGCCCAGCUCAGCCACUCCCGCAGCUCCAACUCCCACAGAAAGGCCCCCAGCAGUGAGGUAGGCUCCACCAAGCCUAGCAGGGCAGAGAUUGCCACAGCCUGGGAUGGCUCCUACCUGGGCCUGCCCACUCCUGGAGGAACAGGGACAAACGGAGGAGGAAGAGAGAGAAGUGGCAGGGGAAGAGUCCCAUACCUCAGUCCCGCCUCUCUCUCAGACGACCUCCACUCAGCCACCUCCCCUCCCUACUCCUCCUCUAGCAACCAAUCCCAGGGACCAAUCAAAUGCCAGGGUUGCCGAGGAGUAGGAGCCCAUAGACGGGAACAUCUGGUCAAUGGGGGGUUUCGCCAUAGGGGGGCCACAGAAGAUCCUCGACUGGGCAACACCAGCCCACGGCUCCACAACAAUUCUGUUGAACCACCCGAAGACAGCAGAUGUCUACCUGGACCCCGGAGGUUACUACUCGAAGGGGACCCAGCAUGGCAGGGAGCAGGGUCAGAGAGGGACCUAACCGCUCCCCUCCUGGGCCGGGAGGACUGGGAGGAGAGGAGGCACCAGCUGCUCCUGCAGAAGCUGCAGCUGGAGGUGGAGAGGGAGCGACUGCAAGCGCGACUGGCGCAGCAGGAGGAGAGGCUGAUCAGACAGAACCAGCAGCUCCUCCACACACGCCUCGAUUACAGCAGGUUCCAGCAAGCCACUGCAGCUGAACUCGGCCACUCCAUGUCCAGAAACGGAACUGAUCCUUUACCCAAUGAACAUGUGUUACUCAGUGAAAUGAGAGGGUGUGACGAUGCAGAGAACUUGGGUGAGAGAGCAGAACAAGAAGCUCCUCCACUCAAAGACCAUACUGCACACAUCCCCCUGCAAAACUCCAUACAUUUACCUGAGCCCUGUCAUAACAAUUCCAGGAGGGAUAUGGCCACCUCUCUUGUGGUGUCCCAUAGCAGACUCGAAGCCACCCCAGCACCAGUGAUGCCUCCCGCGCUACGUAGGACUCCCGAUGCAAGGUUGGACUCCUCCUUGAUUGAGUUGUUGGAGAUCUUCAGUCCCAUCUCUGUGCCCAAGCGAGGCAACCCUCCCCGACGCCCGCCCCCCCUCAGUGCCCCCAAACCAGCCCACCAAGCUCUGCUCUCCCGUCCUGGCCCCUACCGGACCCCCCAGCAGGACCUGGAGGAGAGCCAGAUACUGGAAGAAAUCUUCUUCAUUUGCUGAGGGGGUGGGGGAUCCGGGGGUAGGUACCCUGAGAAAAAUAUGAAAAUUGAAAUCAAUCUUAAUAAUUAAAAUCAAGAUCAGUGCCUUCUGUUUGUCAUACAGUAUGAAGUUCCAAAACAAUCAUGAUUUUCAUUUAGUUCAUUAUACUAUUUUGUGUUUGUAAUGCAAUACUUUUUAAAUAUUUAAUAUAAAUAAACUGUAAUUUAAUA